AUGCCGCUGCAGUCCAGUUGGGAUCAGAUCAUCCAAAGCUCACAAUUUCGAUUCCUCCACAAACCAAAAGCAGCUCAAAAACGACCAAGCAGCACCUCUUUCUUUUGUUUUGCAACCAUGAAGUUCUCAUCCUCAAUCCUUUUCGCCGCAUCUUUGUUUGUGGCCAACCUCGGCGCAACCUUUGGGCAUGGCGUCCAGAUGUUGACCUGCAUCAGUCCUGCUGGAGGUCUCCGUGUGUUCAUUGAGCACUGGCACGAACAUACCGCUCCUGCUAUCUCUCCAGGCGACACCAUCCAGAUCCAAAAGAACACUGAAACAUCCGUACCUACUGCUUACACUGGGACUGUCUUCAAUGUUCCUGAGACUUCCUUGGGAUAUCUGUGCAAAGGCAACGCCAUUCCUAUGCAUAUUGCAAGCUGUGGAAGCAAGGCGGAUACAUACAAUGAUUGGGGCUGGUUUGACUUCCCAAGUGUUGACUGUAAUGCACCAUCGGAUACCUACACCAUCGAACAAGGAAAUACUGUUGUGUUCCGGGAAGACUGUUCCCAUCUCUACCCCCAGACCUUUUCAAUCUCUGGUAUUUGUGAUGCGGCCACAGGAAGGAUUGGUGGUGAUCCCCACAUCCAAACUUGGGAUAAGAAGUGGUAUGAUUUCCAUGGACAGUGUGACCUUGUCUUCCUUGAGAACGAGGAGUUCAAUGAUGGCCAAGGCAUGGAUAUCCAUGUCAGGACCACAGCCCGAUACCAGUACUCCUACAUUGAAGCUGCUGCCUUGCGCAUUGGAGACGAUGUCCUGCAAGUCAGCUCGCAUGGUAACUACUUUUUGAAUGCUAUUGGACAGGCCUCCAUGCCAGCCACCCUUGGAGGCCACAAUGUGACUUAUUCUGUUGAUGACAACAAGAAGCACACAUUCGUCACUCACCUCGGAGAUGGAAGGAAUGUUGUCAUCCAAACUUUCAAGGACUGGGUCAAUGUCAAGCUGGAUGCUGCUGAUAUGAAGAACUAUGGAAACAGCAAGGGUCUUCUUGGAGAGUUCCCCACUGGUGACUGGGUUGGCCGUGACAACUCUAUCUUUACUAAUGCCAAUGAAUUUGGACAGGAGUGGCAGGUUCGUGACACUGAUGCCAAGCUUUUCGCGGUCAACCGUGAACCCCAGUUCCCCCAGAAGUGUGUCAUGCCCGACCCCAAGAGUGCUGCUCGUCGUCUUGGAGAGUCCAUUGCCAAGGCCACGGCUGAGAGGGUUUGCGAUCACUGGGCUGCUGAUGAGAAAGACCUCUGUGUCUUUGAUGUCAUGGCCUCUGGAGACUUGGAGCACGCUGCUGCCGGAGCUUUCUAA